AUGAGUGCGCAGGCCACGAGGCUCGAGAGCCUCUUCCUGCUCGUGCGAGAUGGAAGCAGCGCGCAGAUCCGCGAGAACGCGGCGGAGAAGUUGGGCGAGGUGGCCGUGCGCUCCUCCGAGGCCUGCGCCUCCAUCCUGCAGCAGCUGCGGCCGCUCAUCGUAGACAAAGAGUGGGAUAUCCGCGUGGCCGCCUCCAAGUGCCUCGACGUGGUGGCGCGCUCCCUGCGUCACGAGCGCGAGAACGUCGCGGAUCUCUUCGCGUUGGUCUCUCGUACUCUGGAGGCGUCUUGUACGGCGCUGAACCUGCAGACGGUGGACAUCAACGCUGUGGUGCGCGAAGGAGCGCCGCUGCUGCGCAGUGGAGGAGAGGAGUACCAGUAUGCCACCAACUUGACGGAGGAGGAGCGACGUAUUCAUGCCGUGAAGCAGCGACGUCUGCUGUUGAGACGACUUAGUGGGGCUGGAGGACCCAUUUGGAAGACCCGAGAGGACUCGCUCACGAAGCAACUGCUGCCUCGACUCAACCAAGAUCGUAUGUGCGGCGGGGCUGCUAGACUACGGUGA